CAUCUACCAACCCACAACCCCGACCGAAAGCCGCUCCGACAGAAAAACUUUCAAAAACCACACAUUCACAAAAAAAAAUCAACUCAUCAUGCUGAACGGACGAAGCAAGCAAGGCCCGGCCGAGUUUGACUGGCGGGCAAUGGCGCUCGGCAAGAAGCACCAGCGCAAGUCGAUUGGGUUUGGCGCCUACGACAAGAAGAACAAGAGCCAUGCGCACGAAAUCCACAUCCGUGAGCUCUGCGUGGCCACAGGCGCGCUUGGCUGUGCACUGUGGGACGGCGGCGUUGUGCUUGCCCGCUGGAUUUACGAGAACGGCGCGGCCUUCCGCGGGCAGACGGUGCUCGAGCUUGGCAGCGGCUGCGGCUUGCCGGGCGUCCUGGCCGCGCACUACGCCGCGCACGUCACGCUCACAGACUACAUUGACCCGGUGCUGGACAACCUGCGCUACAAUGUGCGUCUGAACAGCGAGGACGCCGACGCAGACCGCGGCGUUGACGCAGAAGCUGCUGCCACGAGCACCACCACGAGCGCCACGAGGACUGGGCUGGACGGUGACCAGCCAUCAUCGUCAUCACCACCAUCCAGUGAUCCGCAAGAAAAGACCACCAACGCCGAUCCAGAGAACACGAGUGCAUCGUGGGCACCCGUGGCUGACUCCGUCACUGGUGAAAUGCAGCCGUGGAGGCGAAAUCUCACUCCGCUCGUCACCGUUGGCUACUUGGAUUGGGAUGCAGUCGCCGCUGCCAGCGCCUCGCUUGCUGGGUUGAGUCUGGAGGAGCGGCGAAAGUGCGCCCUUGAAAAUGAAAAGGCGCAACGGGCCGAGCAAGAGCAGCGAAAGCUGGAACAUACCAAGGGUCUGCGGUGCACCAUCGAGUCCCUUGGUCGUGAGUUUACGCCUCAGGACUGGUACCAUUGCACAGACUGCCAUGGCUCGGACAUGACGCUAGGCUGUUGUGCGUCGUGCGUCAAAGUGUGUCACGCUCAACACAACACCAAGUUUGUCGAGCACUCCCGAUUCAAGUGCGACUGCUACUCGUCGGAGGCUUGUGUCUUUGAGCAGCAAAGCCAUGCUCAGGGCAUCAAUCUGCACAUCGAACCUGUAGACGUCAUUAUUGGAGCAGAGCUCACGUACAGCCUUUUGAGUGUGGACUCGCUGAUUCAAGUUGUCGACACCUUUUUGAAGCCGGACGGUGUGUUUUACGAAGUGCUGUCUGAAGAUCGUGACGGCGUGUCCGAGUUUGUUGAUCGCAUCCAGAAGCGAGGGUUUAUUGUGAAAAGUGUUCCUGUUCCCGCAAGGUUUAUGGGCAACUAUGCCACAAGACAAUGGACGUAUCAAGACACGGAAACGUAUCGAUUCUUUUCAUUCCAUCGACCAGGCUCCAAGCACCGCGAUAUGCAAUAAUGUUCCGAUAGUUGGUUGCUGAAUGGGCUUUGUUGAACAAGACAACAAAAUAGAAAAAUACAAACGGUCGC